UGCUAGGCGCGAGUCGAUUCAGCCAACUUGGCAUUGUUCGAUUAGCCUAACCUAAUGCGAAGUAUCUACGUAAUGAUAAUGGUGAAGUUCAAUGGGAAAUCCCAGAGGCCAUAGCGAUUCGUUUCUCUCUUUGCAUUGACUAAAAUUUUCUCUCACAUCUCACAAGUCUUCAGUUUUAUUCUUUCUCUUUCAUUUAUUGCCUUGUGGUGUGACGCGAUAAUUUUAUUUCGUUUACAUUUAUUGACGUUUUGAAUAGUUUUAAAAACCAUGAGUUCGCGGGACAAUAAAAUUUACGAAAUGUAUUUGAAAUUUUCAGAUACACAAUCUAGUCAUAGUGGCAACUCGCGAGUUGAUAUGAAAGAUACAAAAUGCGUUGAACAAGAAGAUUGCAACUACGAUUCCGGAGUAAUAUCAGAAAUCAUAUCAGAGAGUUGUGAAAGUAUUCAAUAUUCGGAAGGUGAUAUUGGAAAUGACGAAUAUUCAUUGAGCAAACCCACUGCAUCUCGCACAGAUUCCAUUCUUGAUAAGGAGACAAAGGAAGACUCAUAUUCAGAUUCUGCAAUUGAUGUGAAAACGAGGUCGGAUAUGAAUUUGGAUAGUGGAUUCAUCUCUGAGGCGAAUAUCCAAUAUUCUUCAAAAAGUAUCGAAUGUGAGAAAGAACCACCUUUAAAGGUUAUCGAACCAAAGCUGUCUAUUCCAUGGGAAAUUUUAUACCACCAAGACGAUGACGGAAAUACGCCUCUACAUCACGCUGUCAUGAGUAAAAAUGAAAUUUUGAUCAAAUACAUCACAUUCAACACACCUGCCUCAGAUUUAUUGGAUAUUAGGAACCAUAAUGCUCAAACGUGUUUGCAUUUAUCUGUGCUGACAAAUCAGCCAAGAAUCACUCGAUUUUUACUGCUAGGUGGAGCUAAACCAUUCGUUGUAGACUCAAAUGGUAAUACUGCUUUGCACUUGGCAUGUCAAAUGAAAAAUUUGAGAUGUGUGGAAGCUCUUUGUGAUGAAAUCAAAAAUUCAGAUAGAAAUUAUUAUCGUUUUAAAUACACUCCCAUAAUAAUGCCACCACAAGAUUACAUCAAUGAAACAAAUUAUGAUGGGUUAUCCUGCUUACAUAUAGCAACAAUUAAUAAACAAGAUUCAAUUUUUGAAAAAUUAAUGAUGACUGGAGCAGAUAUUAAUAUAAAGGAACAUAAAGCUGGUUGUACUGUACUACAUGAAGCUGUAGCUACUGGUUCUAUGAGCUUGAUCAGAUUAAUUCUUAGACAUCCAUACUUGAACAUAGAUCAGAAAAAUUACUCUUGUCAUACUGCAUAUCAAUUAUCUUGGAGCCAUCCAAAAAUUGCGAAACUUCUGUUGGAAAAUCAUGCCACAAAACUAGAUUUUGUUGAAUACCAACUUGAGGAUGAAUCUUCAGAUGAAAGUGACUCUGAUGAUGAAUACCCUUUUCAUUCUAGAAAUGAUUCGCCUAUUAGAAAUUUCACUGAUGCGAGGAGCGAGGUAGUCGUUUGAGCUUCAUUUAUGUGUAACAUAUAGUAUAAUUGUACUGAUUCCAUUCAUGAUUAUGUAAAUUGCAUCUGUAUCUGGGUGGUAUGAUCAGCAUUUAUGUAAAAACAAUUAUUCAUUUUCAAUUUACCUUUAAAAUCCAUUUAUAAUACCAUACCUUGAUCUUUAGUAAUUUUUUACACUUUUUAAAUUUUAACUGAUUGUUUUCUUUUUAUUGGUGAGAUGUCCAUGCCCUAGCAUGAUUUUAAUUUCCUAAUUUCAAAUGUGAAUGUUUUAGUCUAAUGUGAAUAAUUUCUUAAUGUUAAUGUGAUUUUAAUAUUUUUCAAUUUUGUUGCAUUUGAUUGGUAAACUAGGUCUAGGUACCAUUUUAUUCAUUGAUUGUAUGUAUUAUUUCUGUGUAUUAUAAAUAUCCUGUAUUCUUGUAUAAUACUUUUUGUGUAUAUUUUUUGUAUUAUAUGUAUAGACCAAUCGAGUAUUCCUACACUAAUUUUAAAUUGCAAUUUGUGAAUUUUUUGAAUAAAUGUUUCAAUAAUGUU